CAGCACUCAUUCCUUAUUUCAAAAUUUACUUAUUUGUUAUUAAUAAAUAAAAUUGUCCAAAUUAUUUUGAAGUUUUCGUGUAUGUGUCCUAAAAUCUUUUACGAAUAUAACAUGUAUUAUACAAUCUCUUUAAUAAGGUGAACAGUUUUUCAAUUUAAUGAUACUACAAGCUCCAACAAGUAAGGAUUAUACCCAAAAUUUUGAUUGAUUUUAAUCUGGAACAGAAACAAAAAAUCGACAUCCCAACACAUGUUCAGAUUAAAAAGCUACUAAUCGUAAUCGUUCCAUUAAAUAAAGAAGUCUAGACCUUGCAUGUACGAACUGUUAUCUUCACAAAGUGGAAUUAAAUUUAUUUAAACAGCAAAUUAACGCGGAUGUGCUUGCCUACUAAUGUAAUGUUAAUGAGCUACUGUGCCGUGCACUAAUUAUUCAGAAUAGCGUGAAAGGUAGAUACGAGUCGUACUUGUUCUCUAUAUAUAGUAAAAAUGGGGAUAUACGAUAAUCGUUACAAAAUUUUCGGCUUGAUUGUCAUGCUAGUUAGUGUGAUCGUCAUUGCUGUUGUUCUGUUUUUUGUUUUGAAAGGAAAUGGACAUAACGUAAAAGAUAAGCCACCAAAUAUUGUCAUCAUUUUGGGCGACGACGUGGGGUGGAAUGAUGUUGGUUUUCACGGUUCGAAUCAGAUCCCGACGCCAAACAUCGAUGCCUUGGCAUAUAAUGGCGUGAUACUUAAUCGGUUUUACACCCAAGCCGUUUGCACUCCGUCUAGGGCUGCCUUGCUCACAGGAUAUUAUCCGAUUCGCGCAGGUUUACAAGGCUUACCUUUAAAUGAUGGCCAGAAUUACACACUACCAAUCCACUUUUCGCUACUUCCGGAGAAGUUGAAGGACCUUGGUUACAGCACACAUUUGGUUGGAAAAUGGCAUUUAGGUUUCACCAAUACCUCAGCCACACCUUUGGCAAGGGGUUUUGACACUUAUUUUGGUUAUUGGACAGGUUUUAUGACAUACCGCAGUCAUAUGCGAGCCGUUAGUAAUAUGACUGGUUUCAGUCUCCGCGAAGGCAUAAGAGCGGCUUGGGAAUACCAAGGACGCUACAUUACAGAUGUGUUUACCGAAAAGGCGAUCGAUAUUAUCAAUGAUCACAACGACGAAUCACCAUUCUUUUUAUUCCUCUCUCAUUUGGCAGCCCAUUCCAACGGGACUAUUACCGAACCGAAGGACAUCGAACAGGCUAAUAAACGGUUCAAUUAUAUCGAGUCCGAAGAGAGAAGAUUGUUUGCUGAUGUUGUAACUGACUUGGACAGAUCAGUUGGUGAAGUUGUGAAUGCUUUGGAGUAUAACGGAAUUCUUGAGAACACUAUAAUCCUUUUAUUCAUGGACAAUGGAGCUGAAGUAAGAGGCUAUUAUCCAAAUGGAGGUUCCAACUGGCCACUUAGAGGUCAAAAAUAUACCUUGUUUGAAGGAGGAGUUAGAGGUACAGCUGUUUUAUACAGUUCGAAGAUAUCUAAUCGAUCUGUUAUCAGCAAUGAGCUUAUGCAUGUAACUGACGUAUUUCCAACACUUUAUGAAGCUGCCGGCGGAGAUGUAAAUACAUUAGGUAAUUUGGAUGGGGUGAGUCAGUGGGAGACCUUGACUAAAACCAAACCUUCUCCUAGAAAUGAAAUUUUAAUAAACAUAGACGAAGUGAAUGGCACAAGUGCCAUUAUUGGUUAUGGAGGAAAAUACAAACUUGUAAAUGGUACAUUUUUGAAUGGUAGUAUGGACGUAUACUUCGGGCCUUCAGGUCGUGGACAGCAAAGCAAUUCUGAGUACAAUUUCACCGAAAUAUUGGAGAGUAGAACGAACAGAGCUUUUCAAUCUGCACGUUUGGAAUCUCUGACUGAAAGUGAAAUAGCAGAGUUGCGACAGAAAUUGAAUUUAGAAAAUUGUAGAGACUUAGUUGAAACAAUCGUGGAUUGCACGGAACUUUGCUUAUUUGAUCUUCAGCAAGAUCCUUGUGAAACAGUCGAUAUUAAGGAAUCUUAUCCUGAAAUAGUUCAAAACCUGAGUUCACAGGUGGAGCAGUACUGGAGGGAAAUCGUACUACAGCCAGGGCGUUAUGUUGACCCUAACGCUAAUCCCGACAGAUGUUCCAAUUCCUGGUUUCCUUGGUUGGAUGAACAUUACGAGAUCUACUGUACAAUAUGAUAUUCUAUGAUGCUCUGAUUAUUGCAAUUUAUAUUUUCUAUAUUUGUUGUACUUGUACAUAUUUUGUUCAAAUUAAACCGAUUUUUAUGCGAUAACUAA